AUUAUUGGUGAAACUGUAGACUGUAGAGUGUUAGUUAGUGAGUGGCCUGAGUACAAAAAUUAUUAGCUUGUUUUCAUCAUAAUUUAACAAAUCUAUAUAUAUUUUUCGGAACUAAUAACUAAGGCAUAAGGAGGUCAAGAUUGAAAGGCAGGCAUUGGUAUCUACUAUAUUAUCCAAUUAGCUAUAUGAUGAUAAUGCCAACAUGUGUCGUUAGGCACUUCUGUAAAGCAAGGGAGUCUACUAUUCGUCUAUUACUAUUAAAUUUGUAUCAGAAAUGGGAGUCGGCCCAUAAAAUAAAAAUCAGAUUCAGAGUUUUUAAUUUUUGAAGUGUAAUGAUAAUUUAUUUUUAAAAGGAGUAUUUUGUCUUAAAUGAUAAAUGUGUGCUCUGUUUCAGCAUUAACAAUGAACAGUGGUCAUCUUGACCUAGUUUCCCAUCAAUUUUUUUAAGAUGGAUCCAACUUUUUAAAAGCCCUUAGCCUUAGUCAAAAUGAGGCAUCUUUUACCAUAUAGAUCAACUCCAAAUUUAAAACAUUUCGUCUUCUAUAUACCGAUUCAGUAUAUUUUGAAAUACAUUAGUGCCAAUUUUAAUAGUGGAGGCCUACUCCUGUAGAUGCUAUGCUCCUCAACGUGAGCUGAAUCAACUCAUUUGAGCUCAGCCUUACUUCUGCGAAUACAACCAGUCACUAAUCAGCUCCAGUUCACAUAUUCUUUUUAUUUAAUUUGAGUUUAGGGCAUUAAAAUUAGAAUAUUUAGAUGUUAAAUCAUUUAUUGCAGACUUAGUUUUAAUGGAAAGGCAGAUAUGAGUCAUUACUCAUGCUGUCUUUCUUUGCCUUAAAAACUUUCUUCACUCUUUACUUUUAAACUACUUUCAACUACUUAUGCUACCUUUGUAAACAUAUUUUAAGCUUACUGGUUAAGUUUAAAAGUAUAGGCCGAAUAAAAAAAUUGUGUGAGUAAUAAAUGUCUAUGUAAUUAGCCUAAUUUUAGCUAUAAAGUUUUAUUGUUGAUAUAGUUGGCCUAUAUUGUAAAUAGUAUUAUAGGUUAGCCAUAAAGUAUUACUAUUUUAUAGUUACAAACUUAUUACUACCCAUUGGGCGUAUUAUUGAUACUUAGGCUCAAGAACUGAAUAAUUUUAAAUAUUAAAAUUAUGUAUAAUCUCAGUUUAUUGAUGUUAUGUUUUCACCUAAAAAAGAGGAUAUUAAUCACAUUGAUAAUAUUUUUUUCCAUUUCCUUUUUUGCUGACAGUUGAAACCAGGAGCUAUUACUUUCUCAUAGUGUAGACAUUAAACUUUAAUCAAAAUGGUUUUAGCAGAUUUGGGUAGAAAGAUAACUUCUGCCCUUAAAUCUCUGAGCAAUGCAACAAUCAUCAAUGAAGAGGUAUGCAAAAAUUAACAGAAAUUUAAUUUUUUUUUUUUUUUAAAAUUUAACAUGAUGAUGAAAUAUUUGUUGCUUUUGUCAUUAUAAAGGAACAAAUUUAAUUAAAUUUUUUAACUACUUCUUAGUUUCGUUUGUAUAAUUAUUUUAAAUCCUGUUACACAUGUCUCUAAUAUUUAAAAAAUUAGGUGCUUAACGGCAUGCUCAAGGAGAUCUGUGCAGCUCUGUUAGAGGCUGAUGUCAAUAUUCGAUUGGUCAAACAACUUAGAGAAAAUGUCAGGUGCGUUACUACCUUAUUUCCCCUCGUGCUUCUCUUUCAUUGCAAACUCAUACAAAUUGCAACACAAAAAAAAUGUGGCCAAUUUACUUAUUUCAUAACACAAUAAACAUACUAUUUUCAAAACUGUGCAUAAAAUUCCAUCUACAUUGUUCUUCCUACUUUCUGAUAAUGCUGACAAGUUUACUGUGUUUUAAUUAUAAUAUUUUCAGAUCUGUGAUAGAUUUUGAUGAGAUGGCUGGAGGCCUAAACAAGCGACGAAUGAUUCAAUCAGCUGUCUUCAAAGAGCUUGUUAAGGUUUGCAAACUGAAGUUGUCUAUUUUUAACCCACUCCUGGCUGCUUGAUCAGAACUAUUAUACUUUAUUAUUCCUAUAUUUUUGUAUUUGACCUGAGCUGUUAAAUGAUUGUCCUGCAUUUAGCACUUGACUAGAGCUAUUAUAAUUAAAUGUUAGUCCUUUAGUUAUCACUUCACAAGAACCAUUAAUGUAUGUUUGUCCUAUAUUCAUGCAUUUAACUAGAACUAUGGAAAGUUUGUCCUACAUUUAGCUCUUGACUAAAGUGAUUAAAUGUUUGUCCUACAUUUAGCUCUUGACUUGCACUAUUUGUAAUUAUUUUCUGCCCACUUUUAGUUGAUUGACCCUGGAGUGAAGGCGUGGCAGCCUAGCAAGGGAAGGAACAAUGUCAUCAUGUUUGUUGGUCUCCAAGGCAGCGGUAAAACCACAACCUGUACAAAAGUAGGCCAUCUUAUACUUUGUGGCAAAGGAAACAUAAAUUGUAUUGAAGGUUUCAUUGAAAACAAUGUUUCAUAUUUAAAAACUCUUGCUUAUUAUAUUACUAAUACUUACUGAAAGCUGUGAUUGUUGAGUUUGAGUGAGAGAUUAAAAAAAAAUCCUAAUAGGAGCAAUAUUUCAUCAUCAAUACUUUAUAAAUAAUUAACUAGACCUAUAACAAAAAACACUUGUCAAAGAUUAAAGAGAAUGCUUAAACUUUGAUAAUGAUAUUGUAUAUUUACAUCAAUUUAACAAAAUCAGACAUUGCAAUUCUGUUGCCUUGAAUUUCUUAUAGUUUGUUUAUUAUAGCCUUUGGAAGGGUUGAUUGUUUGAUCUGUCAGUAUUUGGCAGUGUUGAUUGUUUGAUCUGUCAGUAUUUGGCAGUGUUGAUUGCUUGAUCUUUCAGUAUUUGUCAGUGAUAGUUGUUUGAUCUGUCAGUAUUUGGCAGUGUUGAACACCAACCAAGUUACCAGUAAACUUCCAUUCCCCAGUUGGCUUACUACUACCAGCGUAAAGGUUGGAAAACUUGUCUUAUUUGUGCUGAUACGUUCCGUGCUGGUGCAUUUGACCAACUGAAACAGAAUGCCACUAAAGCCCGUAUUCCUUUCUACGGCAGGUGAGUGACUUCAAGAAACACAGACUUUCCCUUUUACUAAUUAUUAUUCUUGGGUUGGAAUGCAAUAAAGUUUUAAAUUAGAUUUAUCAAAAGGACACUAAAAUGUUUUGCACAUAAAAAAGCGUAGGUCAGCUUCAAUUAAAGAAAAAUUGCACAUUUAAGAUAGUUCAUCAGUCAAACAAAUAUAAAUUGCAUGAAUCUACAUGAAUUAAGAACUGGGAUAUAUAUAUAUAUAUAUAUAUAUAUAUAUAUAUAUAUAUAUAUAUAUAUAUAUAUAUAUAUAUAUAUACACACAUAAGAUAAUAUAUCUAUAAAGGUAUUUUUUCAAUUAGUUUGUAUUAAAAAAAUAUAAAAUAUAAAUAUACAUAAAUAAAGAACAUAUAUAUAUAUAUAUAUAUAUAUAUAUAUAUAUAUAUAUAUAUAUAUAUAUAUAUAUACAUUCACACACAAGAAAUUAUAUCUAUGAAGGCAUUUUCACAAAUUGUUUGUAUCUUAAUCUUUCACCACAUCAUCCUUUGUGUAACCAUAUGUAAAAUUUAUAUCAUCAUUUGUGUAAUCUUGUAUAAACAUGUAACUAAAGUUAUAUCACCAGGUGUGUAACCAUGUAGCAAUAUUUGUAUCACCUUGUGUAACCAUGUAACAUCAUUUAUAUCACCAAUAGCUUCACCUUGGGUUAGCAUGUAAUAACAUUUAUAUCACCAUUUGUGUAACCAUUUAACAUUACCUUCUAUUUGUGUCAUCUUGUUGAACCACGUAUGGUCAUUUGUAACACUAUGUAUCACCACAUCAUUCUUAAAGAAAGUAAUACUCAUUGAUGCUUUGGUGGCCAGUUACACAGAAAUCGAUCCAGUUGUCAUCGCGCAAGAAGGAGUUGAGAAGUUCAAGGCAGAAAACUUUGAGAUUAUUAUUGUAGACACUAGUGGUCGCCACAAACAACAAGAUUCUCUGUUUGAGGAAAUGUUGCAAGUGGAGCAGGCAGUGGUAAGUAAUAUGUUCAUUAUGUAGAAGUGGCGAUAUAUUCCUUAUCUAGAAUUGGUGAGUAAUACAUUCCUUAUGUAGAAGUGCUGAGUUAUACAUUCUUAUGAAGAAGUGGUGAGUAAUACAUUCAUUAUGAAGAAGUGGUGAGUAAUAUAUUUAUUAUGAAGAAGUGGUAAUACAUUCAUUAUGUGGAAUUGGUGAGUUAUACAUUCAUUAUGUAGAAGUUGUGAGUACCGUAAUACAAUCCUUAUGUAGAAGUGAUGAGUAAUAUAUUCCUUAUAUGGAAGUGGUGAGUUAUACAUUCAUUAUGUAGAAGUAGUGAGUAAUUUAGUUUGUACUUAAACUUAAAUCCAUUGUAGUAUUAUUAUGAGGUUGAGAUAUUUCAUUGAAUUUCAAAUUUAAAGAUAGAGAAAGAAUUUUUUUUUUUCAUUUGCCAAUCCGCAGAAACCAGACAAUAUUAUUUUUGUGAUGGAUGCUACAAUUGGUCAAGCUUGCGAGUCCCAGGUGUGUAAUAUGUUUUACUUCUAAUAAAAUUGAGCUAUUAAAAAUACUUCAACUUUCAUUUAAAUUAUAGAAUAUGGCCAGGCAACUCUCAUUUAAAUUAUAGGAUAUGCCCAGGCAUGUGAGCUCAGUAAGCUCCUUUUUGGUAUGGCAAUUAGUGUGCACCACAUGUGUCAGUCAUCAGUGGAAACUCUCCAACUGCUUUCACCUCAAGAUGUCUUACAUUGCAUUUUACGAAUUCGAUGGCAGGACAAAGUGCCUAACACAGAGGUUUUGGAACCUGCCAAAAUGUGCAGCAUGUUCUCCGCUCAGCAGGAGGAGCCAUUGCUGGUCAGGCCAUGUAAGGAGAAUGGAGGAAUGCUGUAUUCCAUAGAAUCUGUUGUAUGGAGAGCUGGCAGAGGGGUUAAGAGUUACUGGAUGGCAGCACUGGCGAUUUAAGGACAUUUGCAAAAGGAAGUGGGAAGCCAACAUAGAAAUCGGUGAACGGCAGUUUAAGAGGGAGUCAAACAGUCAGAUGCGUAAAACAUAACCCUUGCAACAAAAAGAGCAUUACAAAGUUAACCAGAAGUCAAGUUUCUCCUGUUAGAAAUUUAAAGUAUUGUCAAUAAGCUACUCCAUCGUCACACAAAGAUGAAAGGAAGCCAUGUUUUUAUCAGCUGAAUUCAAAAGAAAUUUUAUUAUGAAUUUGUGUGUGAAACAGAAAUUGAGGGAAUCCUACAAUCUUAAUGGAGAGAUUAUUCCUUAAAAUUGAGCUGAUGUGGAAACAACUUUAGACAGUUCAAAUUUACUUUCAACAAAUGAAGUUUUUUGUUUCUACUGUCACUAUAAGUGCAAUCCUCUUUCUCUAUUACCAGGCCAAAGCAUUUAAGGACAAAGUAGACGUCGCCUCUGUUAUCAUCACUAAACUUGAUGGUCACGCUAAAGGUGGUGGAGCUCUCAGUGCGUAAGUAUGCUUUGAAAGCUAAGUUGUAUCUCAAACUUGCAAUGUUUUGUUUUUUGAAUGAUCAAGUUUACAUCUCUUUAUGAACUUAACAACUUGAUGGAGCUGAAAAUAUUUUACUUAUGAAUUGAAUAGCUAAUUAUCCCUUAUUUAUGACUAAUAGCUGAAGAAAUAAAAAAAAUUAUAGUAGAUAGCAUUGCCUUAUCAAAAUUUAUUUGCUGCACAUGAUUCAGAUUGACAUUUCGGUAUUAAAUUGAGAUAAAGUGUUGCAUUUUUGGCCAUUAGAGUUGCAGCCACCAAAAGUCCUGUCAUCUUCAUUGGCACCGGUGAACACACGGAUGAUUUUGAGCCUUUCAAAGUUCAGCCUUUUGUCAGCAAACUGCUUGGUAAGUUAAACAUUUAAUUUUGUUGCAUAUUUGGUUUAACUAGAGAACUUUCAAUUAGCAGGCCUCCAUGGUAUGUCAGGAUACUUUUUUAAGUGUUUUAAAAAUUAUUUUUUAGGCAUUAUUUUUAUUUGAAAGAUACAAUUGAAGAGUUAUAAUAAAAACAAUAAUAUUUUGCAUGAGCAUCAUUAUUCGUUUUUUUUUUUAAAAAGUGGUCAAUUUUUCUUUGUAAUUUAAUUUUGAAAGUUGCAGUAAACUGAAAGAAUAAUUGUUUUACACAGGUAUGGGAGAUAUUGAAGGUCUUAUUGAUAAAGUCAAUGAAUUGAAACUAGAUGACAAUGAAGAGCUAAUGAAGAAACUGAAACAUGGUGAGUUCAUAUUAAAUUACUCUCUUCUUUUAUUACGAUUAGAUAUAGAAAUUGAAGUUACAGGCUUAAGAACUAAAAAUAUUACAGGCAUUUCUGACAUAAUUAAAAUAUUUUAUUACUUUAGUUAAUCCAGUCUAAUCUGCUUUUGACAUAAAAUCUUGCGAAUGCUGAAGCAAAAAAUAACUCCAUGAAAAAAAAUUGCAUAGAAUAUACAACAUGAUAUUUCAUUGUUUUAACAUUAUGCAUGGAAUGGAAAGUCUUUUUCAGAUACUUCUUUAACUAUAUUAUCAGUAUCACAUUCUACAUCAAUUUCAAUAGACUCUGCAUCUAUCUAUGUUUGAUUUGUUUGUCUAGUACACUUUGCAUGAGCUUGGAAAGCUUCAAAUAAUGGUAAAAUAUUUACGAAAGAAGAUAAAGCACUAAUUUUAUUUCAACAUAAAUAGAGCGUGAUUCUCCUGCAAACCAGCUGUAAAUGUAGGGUUGUGUUUAAUUAACUGCUGUCUGCCCCAAACAAGCAUCCAUGCACAUGACAUGUCAUGAUGCUGUCAUUUGUAGUUGUAGGCCUGCACAUGUGGGAAUGAGGGGGGGAUGAGAAUGACCAGUAGUGGGUUAAAUCAAUUAAUCAGCUGUUUCAUUUUACUGGUAUUAAAAAAAGUUUAUUUUACUAUGCCUUAAAAAAAUUGCAUUAGCCACUCUGAUAAGACCAUUUAAAAUAAGUAAAUAAAAAAUAAAUAAUAAAAAACAAAAUUUAAAAAAGACUUACUAUCAAAUAUAAGUUUAAACGCCCUAAAAAGUAGAAAAUAAUUAAAUAUUCUUCAAAUUAAAUGAAUUGUGCAAAAAAAAAAAAAAACCUGCAUAUGUGUGGAUGAGCACUUUAUGUUUUAAGGAUUCAAAUUGAAUGUAGAACGUUUUAUUUUUAUUAAUUUUUGAAAAUAUUUUUUUCACAGACUUUCUUUGCGUAAUGCAUUUUAAAAAUAUAUAAUUAUUUUCUACUUUAUAGUGCGUUUAAGCUCGUCUUUUAUAGAAAGUCUUUUUUUUUUUAAAAGUUAAAAUAUUUUUUAUUUAUUACCAUUUUUUUAGUACUAAAAUUUUAAUCUGUAAAUUAUCAAUAAGAGAAGUGUUACUUUUUAAAAAUAAAAAAUUGUUUAUAUGAGUGUGUUUACCCACUCUUCAUGAAGUAGGUGUGAUGUUGACACAGUUCAGUUGCAAAGAACACCUUCACAAGAAAAGGAUCAACUUAGUUAAAAUGUUAUGUGUGCAAAAUAAGAUAAAAAUGCUAUUAGAAAUAAAGUUUUUAAAAAUAAAAAAAAGUAAGAGAACUUCAGAAAUAAGCCCCAUUGUGUGAGAGCUGAAGGCACCACCUGCAUAACUAUGCUAUGACAAUUGCCAGUGGUUCUGAAGGCUCAGUCCAUUGGACUUCCCAGCAACAUGUAAUCAGAAUUCACCAUCUGGUUGGUUACGCUCAUUUAAUGGUAUCUCUACCACAUGUCUGGGGACUUUACCACAGGCAGAGGAAGAAUUAAUCUUCAGUUUGUGGCCUGUUGAGCAGGUUCCCAAAGUUCUCCAGUUGUCAGAUCUCUAAAUGACCAACCUAUAUACCCCUGAAAUAUCCUCAUUGAUCCUUAUUUUAUGUUUUAAGUUUUACAUAAGUAAAACCAUCCUUGAUUUUCUUCUUCCAUUUUUCUGUAAUAGUAUUAGGUUAUGUUUACCAUAAAAUGUCCCUACCCUUUCAAUUUAUUAAAUGUCAUUGCCAAUAGAAAAUAUGGGAUAUAUUAUUUCAACAAGCCACUUAGGUAGAUUUGGGAAAAGGAUCUACACUUACCUCCCUUGAAAAUUUUAAAUAUUAUUCCCCUUGAUUUAUCUAAAUCCAUCCCAGAACUAACCAUAACUACAUUUAUAAUGCUAUUUCUAUUUUAUAGGCAAAUAUUUUAUGACAUUAAAAAUUUACUUUGAAAAGGUCAGUUCACAUUAAGAGACAUGUAUGAGCAGUUUCAAAACAUCAUGAAAAUGGGGCCAUUCAGUCAAAUUAUGGUACGUCAAAACAAAUUUGCACAUUGUUAUUUAAAUUUUUCUUUCUUUCUUAAAUUUCAAUGAGAUGAGAUAAUGAUAAGAAAUGAACCGUUUCUCUCUAUAUAUCGAUAAUAUUGAAGUAUUUUUUUUUAAAUUGGUCGAUUCCAAUUCUUCCUAAUGGCAUAGAUGAAAAUGAAAUUGUAGCAUAAAUUCAUAUUCUACAUGUUCUCAGGGCAUGAUACCUGGAUUCAGUUCAGACUUCAUGACCAAAGGCAGUGAACAAGAGUCAAUGGCAAGGCUCAAGAAAUUAAUGACAAUCAUGGACAGUAUGAAUGACCAAGGUGAGGCAAUCUUUGAAAUAUAAUGUGUAUUUUUUAGCUCCUUGAGUUAAAAAUGUGAACUUAAUAGCAAGUGUUCUUCACCUCGAGGUUUAAAGAAAGAAUUUUAGUUCAUUUAUUUACAGAUUGAUAUGUUUCAAAUGAAUUAAAGAAUUUUAUAAUGUGUCACACAGUUUGAAGCAAUAUUUUCCAACGUAAAAUAAUUAUGUGGGGCAUUUCUAAUAAAAUAGGGCAUUUUUCAAUGAAAUGAUUUGGCCAUAAAAUGUCCACAAGUCUUUUAUUGUAAUUGUUCAAGAGCAUCUGUAACUUUAAUUUUAAUACGAAUUGCUUUUUGCCAGGAUAGACCAGUGACAGAUCCUUAUCAACAUAAAAUUAACUUAUUAAAAACUCAUUUAUGAAAGUGAGUUAUAAAUUAAGUAAAUUUAAUAAUUUAUAACACACUUUAAAUGAGUUUUUCUUAAAGUUUAUACAUUUUUCUUUCCGAUAUUUUCUUUAGCUUAGUGCAUUUAUAAGAAUAAGUAAUUAAAUUUGAUUAUUUAUAAUGUUGAAUGCGAUUUAGAGUUAAUUUUUUUCUCUCUUUCCAGAAUUAGACAGCCUUGAGGGGGAAAAACUCUUCUCUCGAAGCCAAGGAAGAGUUACUAGAGUUGCCCGUGGAGCUGGUGUAUCUGUGAGGGAGGUCAAUGAACUCUUGACCCAGUACAAGAAGUUUGCACAGAUGGUGAAGAAGAUGGGUGGUAUCAAGGGACUGUUUAAAGGUUUGUUUCAUUUCGAUUGAAAUUGAAUCAAUGACACUUUUAUCUGUCAUGAACAGUUCUUUACUACAUGUGCUACGUGGAUUUCAAAUGUUGUGUCUUGGUCUCAUUACUACAUGUGCUAAAUGGAUAUCAGGUGUUGUCUUGGUCUCAUUAGUACAUGAGCAAACUGGACAUCAAAUGUCGUGUCUUAGUCUCAUUACUACAUGGAUAUCAAAUAUUUUCUUGUUCUUAUUCAACGAGGCGGCACAAAUUUUGAAGUAUAUUUUGAUCUAAAAAAGUUUACUAUUGUAUAUUGAAAAUAUUUUACACUAUUCUUAUAGUUCAGUUUGUGAUAUGAACAUAUGUGUUACAUAAUGGUGUAUUUGAUUGUUGUUUCAGGAGGAGAUAUGAACAGAAAUGUUAACCAGGGCCAAAUCACCAAGCUGAACCAGCAAAUGGCAAAAAUGAUGGAUCCAAGAGUACUACAACAAAUGGGUUAGUAACUCCAAUAACAAAUGUGUGUGCUUUAGUCUUCAGUGAAAUCUUAGUUCAUUUUUUGUGAAUCAUGCCAAAGGCUCUCAACCUUCAUGUACUCAAGGACCGCUUAUUUAAACGCUAGAUUCCAUGACUAUUAAUUGUAUUUGCACUUGAAGCUGGGGUUCCUUCUUAGAGGCGCAGCAACCACUUUUACAUUUAAAACAUUUCUGGUACCAACACCACCCCCCCCCCCCACCCCCAGAUAAAAUAUAUUUUCAUUUUAAAAAUUUAAUGUGAAAAUGAUUCAGUUAUGGUGGUUUUUCUUUUUAUAUCAACUUGAUAAAAAAAAUGCACCAGUACACACAAUGCCCUAAAAAAAUUCACCAGUAACUUAAAAUAAUUACAAGAAAUGUCUGUUUUAUCAUAAAAUUAUAUUUUUGGCUUUAAAAAAUGCUCUUUCCAUGGCUCCCGCAGGUGGCAUGCAAGGCUUACAGAGUAUGAUGCGACAGUUCCAACAAGGAGCAACUGGGAAAUUUGGCAAUAUGUUUAAUUUCACUGAUAGAUAGUUUCACAAUCUUAAUUUAAUGCUGUAGCUUUCGAUCAGGUUUUUUUUUGUUUCUAUAUUACAUGUGUUUAAUUUAAGAAAAAUCUUUUAAAAAGCCGAGUUGAUGUCAGUUGAUGACAUUUUUACGGUUCAAAUUUUAAAGUAAGACAUACAUGCAAGCUUAAUUAAAAGCAAAAAAAAAAAAGAAUGAAUUUGCUGUUCUUGACAUAUCAACGUUGUGUUGAAUAGAUGUUGAGUGUUAUGUUGAAAUAAAUGUUGAUUGUUGUAUUGAACAGAUGAUUAUUGUAUUGAACAGAUGUUGAUUGGUGUAUGUCCUCAUGGCAAAAUUUACUUCACAUACACUAUUAGUGUUAUUAUACAAGUUAUUUGAAAGGGCAAAGAGUUCACUGAAAUGACUUGCAAUAUGACAUCACAUUGUAUAUUUAGAUAAAACAUGUAAUUUAAU